AGGCGCCGCUCUCGGCACCAUGGCGGCCGCGUUGCUGCUGCUUCGCGCGCUCCGCCAGAGCCCGGAGCCCGGGCCCUGGCGGCUGUGGGCCCAGCUCUCAGGCAGGAGCCCCGGCCUCUUCUCCGGGGCCGGCGGUAGGCGGCCGUACGUAGUCCGUGGGACUCCGAUUGGCCUGGCUGCGGCUGGAGGCCACACGCCUCAGAGCUUGCUAUUGCGAAUACUGACCCCUAGCUUUGAAGGUGUUAGCGGAUUGUUACUGAAACGGCAUAUAGUUCCAAGUGCAAUCAGACUGUGGCAGCUUUCAGGUAGUACUUUGUAUUUUAACACCUCAGGGUUGAAGCAGAAGAACAAAGAUGAUGAUAAACCCAAAGGCAAAGCCCCGGAAGAUGACGAAGAAGAGAGGAGGCGGAAGGAGCGGGAAGACCAGAUGUACCGGGAGAGGCUGCGCACCUUGUUCAUCAUCGCCAUCGUGAUGAGCCUGCUCAACUCCCUCAGCACAAGUGGCGGCAGCAUCUCCUGGGCUGACUUCGUCAACGAGAUGCUGGCUAAAGGCGAGGUGCAGCGUGUGCAGGUGGUGCCCGAGAGUGAUGUGGUGGAAGUCUACCUGCAUCCAGGAGCUGUGGUGUUUGGGCGGCCUCGGCUGGCCUUGAUGUACCGGAUGCAGGUUGCAAACAUCGACAAAUUUGAAGAGAAGCUUCGAGCUGCUGAAGAUGAACUGAACAUCGAGAGCAAGGACAGGAUUCCCGUGUCCUACAAGCGGACAGGAUUCUUUGGAAAUGCCCUCUAUGCCCUGGGGAUGACUGCAGUGGGCUUGGCCAUCCUGUGGUAUGUUUUCAGACUGGCUGGGAUGACCGGAAGGGAAGGCGGAUUCAGUGCCUUUAAUCAGCUUAAAAUGGCGCGCUUCACCAUCGUGGACGGGAAGACGGGGAAAGGAGUCAGCUUCCAGGAUGUGGCGGGAAUGCACGAAGCCAAGCUGGAAGUCCGAGAGUUUGUGGAUUAUCUGAAGAGCCCGGAGCGUUUCCUUCAGCUGGGUGCCAAGGUUCCAAAGGGUGCCCUGCUGCUGGGACCCCCUGGUUGUGGGAAGACGCUGUUGGCCAAGGCAGUGGCCACGGAGGCUCAGGUGCCCUUUUUAGCAAUGGCUGGCCCAGAGUUUGUGGAGGUCAUUGGAGGCCUGGGAGCCGCCCGAGUGCGCAGCCUCUUCAAGGAAGCCCGGGCCAGGGCCCCUUGCAUUGUGUACAUUGAUGAGAUCGAUGCUGUGGGGAAGAAGCGCUCCACCUCCAUGUCCGGGUUCUCCAACACAGAAGAGGAGCAGACCCUCAACCAGCUCCUCGUAGAGAUGGACGGAAUGGGCACCGCAGACCACGUCAUCGUCUUGGCAUCCACCAACCGAGCCGAUGUCCUGGACAACGCUCUGAUGAGGCCCGGUCGGCUCGACAGGCACGUCUUCAUCGAUCUUCCCACUCUCCAGGAGAGGCGGGAGAUUUUCGAGCAGCACCUGAAAGGCCUCAAGUUGACCCAGCCCAGCAGUUUUUACUCCCAGCGGCUGGCAGAGCUGACUCCUGGAUUCAGUGGCGCCGACAUCGCCAACAUCUGCAACGAGGCUGCACUGCACGCUGCACGCGAGGGGCACACAUCCGUCCACACGUUCAACUUCGAGUAUGCUGUGGAGCGCGUCAUUGCUGGAACUGCUAAAAAGAGUAAGAUCCUUUCCAAGGAGGAGCAGAGAGUGGUUGCUUUCCAUGAGUCUGGCCAUGCCCUGGUCGGUUGGCUGCUGGAACACACGGAGGCUGUGAUGAAGGUCUCCAUAGCACCUCGGACAAACGCUGCUCUGGGCUUCUCUCAGAUGCUCCCUCGGGACCAGUACCUCUUCACCAAGGAGCAGCUGUUUGAGCGGAUGUGCAUGGCCCUAGGCGGCCGUGCAGCUGAAGCCAUCUCAUUCAGCAGGGUCACCUCUGGGGCCCAGGAUGAUUUGAGGAAGGUUACCCGUAUCGCCUACUCCAUGGUGAAACAGUUUGGGAUGGCUCCUAGCAUUGGGCCCGUAUCCUUCCCUGAGGCACAAGAGGGCCUCGUGGGCAUUGGACGCCGUCCCUUCAGCCAGGGUCUCCAGCAGAUGAUGGACCAUGAAGCAAGACUGCUGGUGGCCAGAGCCUACAGACACACUGAGAAGGUGCUGCUGGACAACCUGGACAAGCUGCAGGCGCUGGCGAAUGCCCUUCUGGAAAAGGAAGUGAUAAACUAUGAGGACAUUGAGGCGCUCAUUGGCCCGCCGCCCCAUGGGCCAAAGAAAAUGAUUGCACCACAGAAAUGGAUUGAUGCUGAAAAGGAGAAACAAGCCUCAGGGGAGGAGGAGGCUCCGGCUCCCUAGCCCCCACCUCCAAGGCCCAGAUAAUGGCUUCCUCCAUGCACCUGCAGUUAUCACAGAACUUGUCAUAGCUGCCCUCCACCUCCGAGAUGCUUUUCACCUGAACUUAAACCUCAGCCUCUGUCAGCUCUCUGGUUUCUGAUGAAGACUUGUGAUAUCUAUUUAUUGAUUUAUGAUUAGUAAAUUGUUUGCAGAGAAACGGAACUUCCCAUCUGUACUGCUUUUCAUGUGGGAAGUGCACAUGCUUGAGUUGAGCCCCUGGGGCUUCAGAUGCCAUCUCUGUGUGGCUCGCAGCUCGAAAAGUAGCCCAACAGUUGGACUGAAUGAUUCCGUUUGUGUGCUGGAUUCCCUCAGAAUGCUAAUGGGAUCUAAGAUGAAAGACCCUCUGAGCCCGUGGUCCUCCUCAGAGGGCUCCCUCACUGAGGGGCCAACGUCAGAACAAGCACUGGAAGAUUCUAAUACUGCCACCUACUGCUGUGUGCAUCUGCAACUGGAGACCCUCCCCCGCCUUUCCUUGUGCAGUGUGCUUGACUUCCUCUACCAAAACGGAUACCUCUCACACAUUUUGUGAUAGGGAAGCCACAUUUGAGCUGUGCAGUCACGGGUCUUGUUUUCACUUUAUACUUUGAGCCCCUCAGUGGCAAGAGGCGAGCCCUUUGUGUAGGCUCAAACCAUGCAGUUCAAACCAUGCAGGGUAGCCACAGGCAUUUGCUGCUUCGUAGUUCCUGUGUGUGGUGCCCCGCCCUUCCUGUGUGUGUGGAGCUUGGGUUACAGAAACUUCCUGACACAGCACAUUGUUGUUAGUGCCCUGUGUGGUGCACCUGAGGAAGCUGUUGUAGGACCUGCAGCGUCUGGGGUGCUGAAGGAGCUUGCAGUGUAAGAACAUUGUGGGUUUCGGGGCUGGGGAUUUAGCUCAGUGGUAGAGCGCUUGCCUAGGAAGCGCAAGGCCCUGGGUUCGGUCCCCAGCUCCGAAAAAAAGAACCAAAAAAAAAAAAAAAAAGAACAUUGUGGGUUUCAUCUGAGGUCUGGUUUUUAACCAAAGAUUAGCACAUAACUAGGUUUUCUAUUUCUCUGAAGCAGGGUCUUGGGCAGGCAAGAUAGCUCUGCAAGCCUGGUGACCUGAGUCCAGUCACUGGGCUACUGUGAUUGUCCCCGACUAGUCCUGUCAAGGCGCACACAUGCCCGGGGAGCCAGGAACAGGCGGGCCUUGAUGAGUGUUGGGCCCCGCUUAGUUGACCUCCACACCAGCUAAGGCUACAUAAUGAGACCCCAUCUCUAUAAAAGACUGAUAAUAAACAAAUGUGGACACUGAACCACUGAAACAG